AGUGAGUUUAAAAGUGUGGCACAAUCACCCGACACCAGACAGAAGAGGAACGACUCGACACAUCUGAGAUUAUAUUCGAUCGACAGGACGUCCUGAGCCAUGAAAUCUGCUGCUGCUGUUCUGAUCCUGGUCCUGCUCUACAUCCAGGGCUCUGCAGCUAAUAAAGCAAUUGAACAAUCGUGUUCAAAAGAUCAUCCACUCCGACCAUGUUCCGAGGAUGGUUGGUCUCAAAUGAACAAAGGCAGAUGCAUCAAGCUGUUUGACUAUGGGGCAACCUUUGAUAAGGCAGAGGAACGUUGUAAGUCUGAAGGUGGUCACCUGGUGUCGAUGCACACCUUAAAUGGCUACAACGAGGUGUUGUGUCUGCUCUGGAGAACCAGCAAGCAAGUGAUGAAACAGGUGUGGAUCGGACUCAAGAAGGAAAAGGCCAGCGCCACAUAUGGCUUCACCGAUGGAAUAAAGCUGGUCUUCAGCAAAUGGUUGAACCAGAACCGAAAAACUAAGAAAGAUGACAAGGCCUGCGUCCGGAUGAACUAUCAAGAUUAUUUGUGCCAAGUGAGUUUAAAAGUGUGGUACAGUCGCCAGACACCAGACAGAAGAGGAGCGACUCGACACAUCUGAGAUUAUAUUCGAUCGACAGGACGUCCUGAGCCAUGAAAUCUGCUGCUGCUGUUCUGAUCCUGGUCCUGCUCUACAUCCAGGGCUCUGCAGCUGUCAUGAGCAAAUGGAGUGAACUUAAGUGCUCGGAGGAGAUACCCUUUGUGUGUGCCAAGAAGAUAUGACGUCAUCCUCUGAUGUUCAUGCUUUCAUUCAGCUUCGACAUGAAGACCUGAUCAACUGUUGCAGUUGGAUCACUAUAUAUCUUCUAAACCUCUGUUUCUAAAUUUACUGCAAUAAAAAAGUUCUGCUUCAGCAAAA